AUAGGGUCAAAUAUGGGGCUGUAAGCCGCCCUAUGGGGCCGAAUGACCCACAUUGCUAUGGGGCCAAACGCGGGGUCACGUGACCCACGGCUAUGGGGCUGAGCGGUGACAUUAAACGGAGAGCGGCCGCUGUGGGGCUGAUGGUGGUUUGUGGGGUAUUAUUAUGGGAUGUGGGGUGUUAUUAUGGGAUGUGGGAUAUUGGGCUGUUGCCUAUUACGGGAUGCGGGCUGUGGCCUAUUAUGGGAUGCCGGUGCCGCCCGCGCUCCUGACAGCGCCGCGCAGCCAUAUAUGGGCAUUGACAUCACUCGUAACCAUAUAUGGGCAAUGACGUCACUAGGGGAAACCUCGGGGUCUCCCUUUUUCCGCCGGGCUGCAUGUCACGUGAUAGCGGCACCAGGCCACGUGACGGGGGGGAGGUGCAACGCGGCGCCAGAACCACGUGACGAGAGGAACGCUCCGCGAACCGGAAACCACGUGACGCGGGGAGACCUAACUCCGAACCGGAAAUCAUGUGACCGAGGACCGCCGGAAGUAGGGAUGUCCAAAGCAGCGCGGGCUGUGCGCUCCAUCCGCGGAGGCCCCGGCGGCGGUUCUGCUCCCGCCCCAUCUACCAGACCUCUGCGGCUGCUGAUCCCGGCGGGGGGGGCGGCUCCGGGUCCUCCUCUGGGUCCCGUCCUGGGGCAGCGCGGCGUCCCGAUCUCGGCGUUCUGCCAGGACUUCAACGCCCGCACGCAGGCGGUGCGGCCCGGCGUCCCGCUCAGGGUUCGCCUGACGGUCAGGGUGAGUUCAUUAACAGAAACUAAUUAA